CCUCCCGGACGGUAAGCACCACCUUACUGAGGACGCUGGCCGCCCCCGGAGCGGCGGUUCCGUCAGGUCUCACUGUCCUGACCAGUCCUGACGUUUUCGGGACACUGGUCCCCUCAGGGGCAGGGGACAAGAGCGUGCCGAGCCCGCGCGGCCGCUGGAGCUGGGUUGCUGGCCAGGCCCUUUACUCGGCAUCCCUCUGGAGGAGAUCCAGAGGUGGUGGCAGCUUGGGAGAUGGCGACAGCUUCAGCCCUGGUACUCUGGGGACAAGAUGCAAGGCAAGGGCCUACCACUUCUGUACCGCGUGGCUUUCCUUGAUCGCCUGUGGAAGCAGAAGUCAGGGGAGGAAGAAGAAGAGGAGGAGGAGGAAGAGGAGGCACCUCUGGAUCCACUGAAGCCAUGUUCUCUUCCCAAAGAAGCUCCUAUUGGAGAACAAGCCACCACAGCCCCAUCCCAGCCAUCCUGUGAUUCUGAGGGCCUCCACAAGGCCGUAGGGACACUAGAGCAAGUACUCACGCAGACCCCAAACCCUUCCAGAUCCUUCCCCACCUUUCAGAUCUUGACCAACCUGCCUGUGAGGCACAAGACAGCAUCAGGGAGCCACCUACAGCAGAGAAAAAGCCAGCUCUUCUGGGGUCUCCCCUCUCUGCACAGUGAGUCCUUGGAGGCCAUCUUCCUGAGCUCAGGUGGCCUCUCUCCCCUGAAGUUGUCUGUCAGUCCUUCUGUCUUCUUUAACAAGUUUGCCUUCCUGCCUAGAACCCCAGUAUUGCUGCUUCCCCAGUAUUGCUCCCCAACCCCACUUCCUACACAUGAAGUCCAUACUACAGAAGAUCUGGAAGGAAUGGCCUCUGACCCUCAGCAACUACCCUCCCCAUCUUCCCCUCCUGUCCCAUCACUUCCCCUCCAUCUUAAAUCCUUUCCCAUGGACCAUAAGAGAGUCCUAUCUGGCACUGAGGCAAAUACACAGUGGCUUACACAGCACAGAGAGGUCCCUUGGGUCUCUGAGGAUCAAGCCCUGCACCCACAGCCUAACCUCCAAAGAACCAGGCCCUCCAAACUCUUCCAUUCAUCUGAGGUCUGGUGGAAGGUGCCAUGGGAUCCUGGCCUCCAACAACACAUUCCAGACUCACUCUCUGCCUCCCUAGCAGAAAGUCCCGCUAGCCUUCCGGGAGCCCUAACUAGGUCUGAGGCCCCAUGGAGGACCAUGGGGCAAAAUGAGGACCCCAAAACCCCUGAGCCAGCAAUGCCAGCUCCCAGCCUAACCCCAGCUUCUCUGCCAGAAUGCCAGGGAGUCAGCCCUAUAGGAGGCCUCUCUGGACCUGAGGCCCUCUGGGAAACCACAAGGCAAAGAGAGAAUCCUCAGAUCUCUGAGCCUCCGACCUCAGUCCCUUGCCAAUCUGUAGCCCCCAUGGCAGAGCCUCAAGGAACCAGCACCCUGGAAGUUCCACCUGUAUAUGAGACUCAGUGGGGAACCACAGGACAUAAAGAGAGUACUCAAGCCUUUCAGCCCCCAACGCCAGCCCCCUGCCCUCCCCCACAUCCCCUGCCAGAACUCCAGGGAGGCAGUCCCCUGGGAGAUCCAUCUGGAUAUGAGCCCCAGUGGAGAUGCAGAGAAAAUUCAACAAACCUUUGGGCCUUUGAGCCCCCAGCCUUGGAGGUCGACCCAGGACUCCAUGGAACCAUGCCUGCAUGUGUCCCAUCAGGAUCUGAGACUCCGUGGAAGGGCACGCAGAGUAGAGAAAAUCUUUGGGUCUCUGCAGACCCAGUUUCAUCUCCCAGCCUUCCCUCAGCCUCUCUGCUGGAGUCCCUAGGAACGGGUGCCCAGGCAGUCUUGUCUGAGUCCAAAGCUUUGUGGGAGGCCAUGAGGCAGACAGACAACCUCUGGACCUCAGAAUCUCCAGGCCCUGGCCACAGCCCAUCUCUAGCUCCUAUUCUAGAACCCCACAGAAUCCAUCCUGUGGGAGGGCUCACUGGGUCACAAACUGCAUGGAAGGACACUGUUCAUUCCCGGAAUUCCUGGGCUUUUGAAUCGCCAUCUCUGGCCUUCAGCCCACCCGCAGUUCUUGUACUGGAUUCCCUCAGAGCUAGCCCUAUGGGGGUCCUGUUUGAUUCUGAAGCUACAUGUGGGGACAUAGAAAGGAGAAAGAACUCCUGGGCCUCUGAGCUCCCAGCUUGCAACUUACCCCAAGACCCACGUGGAGCCAACCCCUUGGGAGUCCAGUCUGACUCUGAGCCUACUGGGGGGGACAUGGAGCAGAAAGAAACCUGUUGUGUUCCUGUGUCCCCAUUGUGGGGUCCCAGCCCACGCCCAAACUCUAUGUCAAAGUCUCACACAAGUGAGCCUAUUGGAGACCAAUGCAACUGUAAACCUGAGGGGGAAACAGUGGAGCAGAGAGAGAACUGCUGGACCAUUGAACUCCCAGCCCCAACCCCCAGGUCACUCUCGGUUCCUCUACCAGAUCCACACAUUGACCUUGAGUUUGUGCGGAGGAAUGUACAACAAAGAGGGAUCCCCCAGGACCCCAGCCUUCCAGCAGUGGACCCCCUCCAGCCAAUACCCUGGUCUCCCACCCAAGCUGAGGCUCUGAAGAUUGAGUCCAACCAGCCUGGCCUACCCAAGGGAGAGCUGCUCCCAGGGGCUAAGGCGGAGACUCCAUCCUCCCAGGGUGAGGCUGUCCCAAAGGUGCCCACCCACUCUGAGAUCCAGGCCUGGCACUGGAGUAAAGAGUUGGAACUCAGGCUGAAGAAACUACAGCAGAGCCCUGCUUCCAGAUCUCUUGGCCCAAGUCAAUCAUUUGGCAGCUCCCCUGCCCUGAGCUCCACAACUCAAGCCACCCGGAGACUCUCUUCUUGCCCACCACAGCAGAUUCAUCCCCUCAGUCUGUGCCCCAACUCUUCAAGCUGUCAUCCCCCCAAACCUCAGAGCACAGUAACUCAGCCUGUCCAGGUCCCCCACUGUUAUCACUCCCACUCCUCUAUCCAACCUCAGCUGUGGAAGUCUGGCAGGGCAGAACAAGGGUCUCAGAAAGAGCAAAGAAUGAACGUGAAGAUGGUGUCCCAGAUCUCAUCCCAGGGGUCAUGUGUUCACUGCCCAGGCCUGGAAGAGCCCUCAUACCCUGAGGUUCCAGCCUCAGGCAAGAGACAGGACAAGGCUUCAGCCCUAUCUUCAGCCAAAAAGAGAGAGAGCCCCAGGAAACCCAAAGAAGGAGACCACGGAGAAGGGGAUGCAAAAUUGGGGUCAAUCACAGUUACAGGGAAAAGCCACCUAGCCCAGGCCAGACUAGCAGAGGUCCCUGUAAGCAGACUUUCGCAAAGAUCUCAGCACAGGGACCAGAGCUCUCGACACACUGCUCUCGCCCUGCAGCCUCACUCAAAGGCUUCAGGUUCCCAAGAUCAGAGAGGGGCAAGGCUGGGAGCUGGUGACACCCUGGCCCCUCGGCAUUGUAAGCACUGCCCUUGGGCCCAGAAGCGUCUUUCCUCCCCCACACCUCAGGCUCCCCUUACCAGGGGUCUCCAAAGCAUGUUAGCCAAAUUUCUGGGUACCCAUGGACCCCUGCCCACCAAAUCCAGUCAGCAGAGAAAAGGCUGGUAGUACUGGCACCCAAUAUAAGUACCCCAAGAC